CGCUGCGUCGAGUUCGCUCCUGGGGGUCCCGUCGCGAACUUUUCUCCUUUCUCCUGAAACCGUUAUCGCGUGCAACCAACACGCUUGUGCUCGCCACGGUUGCUAUCAGCGAUUCGACUUGGCGUUGCCGCGCGCCCUGCCGAGCCGUGGAAAGGAGGAGAGAAGAGGAAGAGGUUGUGCUCGGUUCGGUCGAGACGAGAAACGAGGCGUUGAAUCGCGGGUCGCUCGGUUCGUUUCAGUGCACUGCGAACCGAAGUGAGUUGAAAUUGAUCGAUACGGCUGGAUACGAUAGGAAGAGGUGCGAUGUUGCUGGUGAUUGGUGGUGAUUGACGUGGAGGAUCGCCAGGGUGGAAGGAUAUAUCGUUUCGAUGCACGUGGUCGGCGAGGAGGUUGGACACGAGGCGAAAGCUCUGAGCUAACCAUCGGGAUUCGAGGUUAGGAAUUGGUACANUCGACGGUCGAUCGACGCUCCGCCAAGAACGUCCUCGUGGGAAGGACGUCAUCGUGGGUAUCUACGUUCUAGGGGUUGCUACGGGCGCGGACAUACGGGGAGGAGUGGGGUGCGAAACGGGGGCGAGGGAGGUGUUCGCCAACGACGAGAGCCAGGUCUAAAGUGAAUCUCGGUUGGGCGGUUGGAAGGUUAACGUCCACGGUCUCGCGCGUGUGAGUGGCGUCGCGAGUGAGGAGAGAGAGGAUCGUCGGAGUGUCACGAACCUGAGGGAUGUCACGGUUCCUCGAGCUGUUUCCGCGUCAAGUGCGAUAUUAGAGCUGGAAAACAUUGUCACGUGGAUUUGCUCUCGAGACGCGAUAAAACGGUCCAAUUCUCUCCUAUUUUUUUCCUUUCUUUCUCUCUCUCUCUCUUUCUCUCUCUCUCUUUCUCUCUCCGUUCCGUGUGCGUGCGUGAAACGGCAAUUGGUGAGAUCGUGUGGGAAGAACGAUCGUGCGUCGAUCCAAGCGCAGGGAUAAACGACGCAGGAUGAAUGGAUGGAUCGGGGAGAAACGACGGUAUAAUUGGCCGGUGUAUUUAUAGAUAACGAGGUGGUUGGAUCGGCUAGCUUAAUUAGCGGUCGAUCGAUGAUAGGGAUUUCGUGUUGGAAAGGUGUUGGAAUUUGUUUCGGGAAGAGAAGAAAGAAGCGGAUGCCGCUCGCCAAGUGAUCGGAAAAUCGUUGUCGCCAAUCAAUGAAAAGUCUUCCCUGUGUGUUUCAGUGAAAUGAAAGCCGAGUUUUCCGACAGUUUCUCAGUGUUGAAAAAGUGCGAAAAACGAGGAGAAGGCAUCGAUAAUCCCUGGCAUCGGUGUGAUCCCCCCUCCUCUCCCCCCAGUGAAAUCGUCGUUCAGGUGUAAACAUCCAACAGGUUCCACGAUGAAACGACCGUUGAAACGCGUACGAGGAUCGAGGCUGCCCUGCUGAUUCGUCCCAACGUUUUGGAUUAUACACGCUAUCCGUUGUUCGGCUUUAAAUGUGGUGGAUUCCCGCCCUACGUCGCUAGGGCGAGCACGUGAAUCAACCCUCAUAACGAAAAUCGAUCGCGUACGAAACGUGGCCUGAUCGAUCCUACAGAUAUUUUGCGGAUGAAUCGUUGCUACGAUUCCGCGAAAAAGAAAGAGUUAAUUCUUUCGUUAGAUAUAUAAAGGAAGAAUGUUGAUACGAAACUGGAACAAUAAAAUCAAAUAUCGUCUUUCAACUCGAAGAGUAUUGAAAGUUACUUAAAGUAAUAAAGGAAAAACUGCCUAAUGGAAAUCAAAAUUACUCAAGGAACUGAUAAUAAACGUAUAAGAGGAUAUUAUUGAUGGAAUAAUCAAUUUUUCUAACGUUUCGAGAAAUUUACACCAGCUGAUCGAUAUUUGAAUCUCAAUUAUCAGUAGAAGAUACAAUAUUGUAAGAAAAAUUUAAGCGUUUAUAAACUUCGAAUCGCGAAUAAAGAUUUUUGGAAUAAUAUUCGCGAAAAUAAUUCAAUAAAUAUAAAUUACCAAUAAGAGUUAUUUAUCGAACAAGGAGACGUGAAGAGGAAAACCAUAUUUCUUUCCCGAUACAAUUUCGUCGACGAGACGACAAGAAAACUAUGAAGUGAAAGCCAACAGAAUAGAAUCGACGAAGAUUUGCGAAACGAAAAACGGCGAUCACGUCAAAGGGGCGCAAUAAAAGAGAUUAUAUUCGCAAUUGCGCGUUCCCUUUUUCUUCCCCUCUUGGAAAAAAAUGAGAAAUGCGAGAGCGGUGUUCAAAGACCUUCUGCCUGGACAAACGUUUCAAAUUUUCACGUAAUAUUAUUCGACGAGUCCGCGAUUUAUUAACGAAGCCCCUAGGAGAGAAACGAGCGAGAACGAUCCGAAUAAAGAAAAUGUAAAAAAAAGAAAAGAAAAAAGUAGAUCGUGCGUAACAAGCUCGUUCGUUGAUUUUUCGAGCCGUUCAAAGAAGGGAGAAAGAAAAAAAAAAUCACUCAAUCAGCACAGAUAAAUUUUUGGACUAAAAAAUUUCGACGAAAAUCUAAUAAUCGUAUCAAAAAGAAAAGAAAAGAAAAGAAACAAAUAUUGGUACAAAAUCGAAAUAAAGAAACAUUUAUGAUCUGAUCUUCUCGCGAGAUUCGUUUCCGCGAGAUCGAGAAGAAACAAGGGGAGAGAGAAAUUCGAUAAGAAUCACGGAAAAGGAGGUAGAACGACAUUCAAUAUCGACGUUUACAUGCCUCGAGUGGACCUGGAGGAAUUUACGAGGCGUAAAAACGCGAUCCGUGACGAUUGCGUUGAAGCGAGAAUCUAGAUUUCCAACAGAGAGUUGAACGAUAAAAUCGUCACGGUGUGCGGAUUGGGGCGAAUUCUCGGCUACAUCGGCGGAAGACCGUCGGUGGGGGCCGCCAGCAUGUCGCAGUCUGGUUCAGGAGGGGUGAACGAUAGCCACCAGGAGCAGAACCAGGUCGGACAAACGAUGGAGAACCAGCAGACGUCGUGUCAGAACGGUCGGGCCGAGCCGCCUGCCGAUAAUGCCAAACAAGAUUUGUCAAAUGGCUUCGAAAAUCGUACCAUAGAGUAUGACAGAUUCUCUCAAGACAGGGCACAGCAGACCAAGUCGAUCGGCCAGACUCAGAGCCAAGAGCAACAGCAGCAGCAGCAGCAACAACAACAGCAGCAGCAGCAACAGCAAACUCAACAGACCGGUCAAUACCCGACUGGAAGGAAGCAAGCUGUGGUCGGUGUUCCCGAAGACAGACAUCCACCGACUGGACAACUUCCUCCUCAACAGUACGGUCAAGAAAAGUCUACGGCACCGGAGAGAACGCAGAACGUGUCUCAAACUAGCACUCAAACCCUUCCUGUUCAAGCUCAACCCCAGUUCGUGCCCGAUUACGAUCAGACCCAGUACACACAGAUACGAAGCCAGUUCGAGGUGAGACCGCAGAUGUAUCCUCAACAAGCGCAAUACGCGGAGCGUGCCGGUUACGUGACCCGAGACGUGACGUACAGGGAUCCCACGUUGUACCAAGGAGGCGCGGCGAAUCCCAUGUUCACCGGUCAAGGUCAGUACGUAACGGNNNAACACGGGUCGCAAAUACCCCCUCAAUCCGCCAGUCCUCAGCCGCCGUACUUCUCAGGCGUGGUGGUGCCUCAACCGACUGGCUACGCCCAAUACGGUACCCAGCCCCAAUACCCUUACACCCAAUAUCCCCAGACAAUGAUGAACGCGGUACCGUACACACCCCACGCGGGAAUUUACCCGGGUCAACAGUUCGGCCAACAAUCGCCCAAUCCUCAGAGAUUCUCGCAGGAGUUGGGCCAAUACCAGACCCAACCGAUCAUCCAACCGAUCGCCCAGAACGUGACCCACGGUCUCGCGAUGGCAACUGGCGAGCGACCGAGUCGUGGGCCGAAACCCAUGGUUCCCCCCCGAGGCAACUCGAAGAUCACGCACGACACCGGGCACAGAAAAUCGGCGAGCGUCGACGUGGCCGGGAUGCAGAAGCCUAAAUACGAUCCCGGUCAAAAUCCUGUCCCGCAGGAGCAGCAGAUCCAUCGGAGCGACGGGGCGAUAAUCGUCCAGGGUGCACAGAUAGUGGCCGACGCCCAAGACAGGAGGUAUCUGGCGGCCAUCAAUCAAAAUCCGCGGACACGACAGGACGGGUUGUACGUGGAUACGAACGAGGAUCAGCCGCCACCUGGGCGGGAAAAAAUGUGCGAGGCCGUGGCGGCCGACUGCGGCCUGUACGUGGCCAGGCCUGAACAUAGAAAGUCUAUUUCCGUGGACGUUACAUCGAGUUUCCAGCGGCGGAACGACACGAUCACCUUCACGUUCCCCGGUGACGGGAAUCAGGAAAUAUUGAUGGCGGGCAGGAAGGGCGGAAGCAUGGUGGAUCCGAAACGGGUCGAAGCCAAUCAAGUGUAUCCGCCUGAUCAAAGGCGAUUGGACACGAGCUUGAGAGUAUCUCCGAUGGCUUUUGAUACGAGACAAGAGAAUAGGAAGAGCAUAGGGGCGGACAGAAAGCCCGAAUGGGGCAACGUGAGCCCUAAUCAAAGAGUGGCGAUGCCGCAAGAAAACAGGCGAUCCGAUUACUUCGACGAGCACAGGAGGUCGCCUAUGACCAUCGAAGGGAAAAGAAUGGAGGACGUUAGAAGGUCUCCUAUGCCGUUCAUGCCGAUCCGCGAGGGAUCGGCGGAUCGUGGCGGGCAGAAGAGUCCCUCGUUCGUCAAUCAAAAUUUCGAGAAGACGAGGCAGGAGUUGACGAUAUGGGCCGAGCAACGCCAACGGCAGGAGCACGAGAGGAGCAUGAUGCAGAAUCAAAUGAUGUCGUCCACCAGCCCGCGUUCCCGUAAUCNCGAGGAGAGGAGAGAUCCGAGAGGGCAGAUCCAUCAGGCGGCGGACGAUAGGAAGGAAGGGAGGAUGAGCCAGUCGGCCUUUCAACCGAUUCCCAACAUCAGUCAGAGGACGAUAAUGGAGCAACGUCGCCAUUUGCGUCACGUCAGCGCCGAUCUGACGAAACACAUGGAACUAUCGAGGAAGGAGUUCGAGGAGCAGCCCAUUAGCGGAUCCGUGGCGAAUCUGGGACCACCUCCUGCCAGCACGACCUCCUCUCAAAGGGCCAGUCCCAACAUAUGCCAUCAGUAUCCAGCCCUGAGCGAAGCCAAGUUAGAUACCAAGACCGUUCUCACGGUGGUAACCGAUUUCGGUGAAACAGGCUUGGGCAAACCGAUCGAUCAGGUGGAUCACAUAAUUCACAGUCAUCGCAAGAGUCACAAUGUCUCUGGCAACCUAUUGACCCACAGUAAGAGCCAGACGGACAAUCUUCAAAGCCAAUUGGAUCCACAGAACGAAAAAUCCGACACGCUGACGCCGCAGCAGCAACAACAACAGCAACAACAACAACAACAGCAACAACAAUUGCAGAAUCAACAGAGCCUGGAUUUAAUUUCAGAGAAACUGAGCCAAUUCGAACGGCAACAGAGCGAUCUGCAGGCGAAGCUUCAAUGUCUUCAGAGUCAAAAUCAAAUCCUGGACAAAGUGGCGCAGUUUCAACACCAACAGAGCGACUUGCAGGCAAGGCUGCAAAGUCUGCAGGCGCAGAACCAAUUGUGCGACAAAUUGCAAAGAUCGACCGAUUUUCAACCGCACGGGAUCGGGAACGAGAUCCACCAGAUUCAAUCGAACUCGCUGCCCAACCACCAAGAACAAUCGUCCGAUAAGAGUUGCCUGACGCAGAGCCAGAAUACGCCGCACAGCCAUCAUCAAACGUUAUUGACCGCUUCCUAUUCACAAAACUCUAAUCAUCAAUCCUGCCAAUCGUCUGUCUGCGAGAAGCUAUCGCCCAGGCUGCAACACGAUACCAGCGACCCGAAUUCUAUUCAGAUACCGAACAUGUCGCAGAUGCCGUUGCCGUGUCUGCCGCAAUUCGAGCGCACCGACGCGUCGCGCGCUUCGUUUUCGCAGUUCCAUCGGCUUCAGUGCCAGAUAGACGGCCACGAGGGCGUUUCGACCACCGCCGUCUCCUCCGCUUCCUUCACCGGCACUUUGAAGAAGGUGCCUCCGGAAAAACCACCGAGAACGUCGUUGAUCGUUCAGUCGCCGGAAUCGGAGAGCAACAGAAGCCAGCCAGCCAUCGGAUUGAAGCAGACGCCCAAGGCUCGGGUAAGUUUUUCCACCCCUACGUUGGGCAAAAUCCACCUCCUCCGUUGCUACCCCUUUUUGCCACGCGGAAAUUCAAAUAAGGAGAACGAUCUCGCCUCGAAACUAGUUAGCAGCAGCUCGUUAGAGGCUCGAUCGAUGCCCACCUCGACCGAGUUCCACCCGUACUUUUGACCAAACAACUUUUUCAAAUCUCUUCCUUUUCCCAGCCUCCUCGAGGAAAGUUGAAAUAGGCGAACGCAAUCCCUUCUCUCUCUUUUUCUUUUUCUCUUCAACUUUUCACGUACGUGUACGUGCGCUCGUAUAUCUUCGCGAGGCAGCGAACCACGAAAUCGGCGGGGAGGGGACGGAGGGACACGUAGUAUAAUUUUACGACUUUAGUUUCGCCAAUUUCUCGAAAGUAUCGGGGAAGGGGAAGGGGGGUUGAAACGACGUCGUCGAGACGUUUGUUUGUAAUUUACGAUCGUGGAAUCGCGUGUCGUGCAAUCGAGCAUCCGGUUAUUCAACGUUAGCUUGUCCCCUUGACGAAAUCCUCUUGCAUUUAUAUGGGGUGUAUAUAUUUUAGAAUCGACGAUUUUCGGCUAUUGAGAAAUUAUUCUAGUUCGAUUCUCUUUAUGAAUUACUCGAUAAAGUUGCUAUCGAAUAGAAAUUGUAGUAAUUAAAGCGAUAAAUAGUAAGGGGAUAAUUUCCAGUUUGAUUAUCAUAACUGGUUUAAAUUAAUUAGCAUUGUUUACUGUCGUAUAUAUUUACCUUGAAUAAUAACAU